AUGGACGCGAUCAUGCGCCCUUACUGCAUCCACUUCAUUACCCCGUCAACUGCACUGAACCAUCCCAAGAUUCUGGUCCAAUCGCUACAGCGCGCUGGUGCUCGCGCUCUCAACAAGCUAUGCGCUGCCAAAGCAGUUUCGAAGCGCGAACAAGAUUCUUCGACGCACGUUGUGACCGACGUCGUCCUUGAGCCACCGAUCGUCUCGCAUCAGGUCGGACCUCAAGGAUCAACGCAGGUAAUGGACUUUUGGACCAACGAAGAUCUUCUUUACAUCAUAAACGUGCAAGUCGGGACACCGCCUCGAACGUUCAUGGUCCAGGCGGACACUGGAAGCGCGGACUUUUGGCUCGCUACCCCCGGAAGUGUCGGGGUUCCAGCCACCUUCGACCCUUCUACUUCCUCGACAUAUCACGACUUAGGAAGGUCCAUUAAUCUUACAUAUGGUGACGGCAGUCAAAUCAGCCCUGAGGUCCGUACAGACGUCGUGACGGUUGCAGGCUUCACUCUGGAAAACGUGGUUGUGGAACCUGGGCUUAUUUCUCCUAAAAACGCUCAUGGCCUAGGGUUCGAAGGCAUCUCAGGCCUGAUGGGCUUUGCCUGGAGCUCGCUUGCAAGAUCAGGGCUCCCGGGUUUCGUGGAACAGCUGGCCAAUACAACAGCGCUCGAAGAGAAUAUCUUUAGCUGCUAUUUUGCCAGAGGACUCGACGCUCUCGACUAUCAGACAGUCGUGGGCAAUACGAAUGGCACGGUGAACGUCGGGUCUCUCACAAUCGGCGGCGUGGACAAUACGACAUUCAGCGGCGAUAUCACCUAUUAUCCGAUUGUGGCGGAGAACAUCUGGUCGGUUCAUGCCGAAGGGCUAUCUGUUGAUAGCAACUCCUGCAGGGCUCUUCAAAUUUCGAAGCUGUGGUAA